UCAUUCCCAGAGGACAAUUUAUAAUGUCUACUAUUUCUGGUAUGCCGCUUUUCUUUCUUUGUUGCUUGUAUCUAAUAAUAGUAAUAUGUGAAGCCAGCUUCGGACCAAGUUAUGAAAACUCCAAAUACUGUAAUAACAGUAAUGGAAACUACACAGCCAAUAGCAUCUACCAAACCAACCUCAAUACCCUCUUAUCCACCCUCACUUCCCACACAGAAAUCGACUAUGGUUUCUACAAUUUCUCGCAUGGCCAAAACUCAGACAAAGUAUACGCAAUAGGGUUAUGCAGAGGAGAUGUUAAGCCAGACGAAUGUCGCAGCUGCCUCAACAAUUCUAGAGUGAGUCUCACACGGUUGUGUCCAAAGCAAUUCGAGGCAAUCAAGUGGGAAGAGAAGUGCAUGUUGCGCUACUCCAACCGCGCAAUUUUUCACACCAUGGAUGCUUCUUAUUCGUAUCCUAUGAGCAACAUAAACAAUGCAACGGAUGCGGAAGAGUUCAAUAAAGUGUUGGGUGAGUUACUUAGAAAUCUGAGUGACAAAGCUGCAUCAGGUGACUCUCGGCGCAAGUAUGCCGCGGAUACUGCAGUCUUUGCGAAUCUCCAAACCAUAUACGGUCUUGUGCAGUGUACGCCUGAUUUGUCAAGGCAAGACUGCGGUGACUGCUUGCAUUGGAGUUUGGCAGAUUUCGGAAAUGUUUUCAAAAACAAAGUUGGUGCUGUAGUGCUUAGACCAAGUUGUAAUGUUAGAUAUGAAAUCUACCCCUUCUACGAUGAACCUACACCAUCAGCAUCGGUACCACUUUCCCUAAAAGAAAAGGGCAACUCACUGCGAACUACAAUCGCCAUAGUUGUGCCUACCGUUCUCGUUGUUGUUGCUUUGCUCAUUUUCAUUAGCAUAUAUUUUAGGAGGAGGAAAUUAGCAAGGAAAAAUCUUCUCGCUGAUGAAGACGAUGAUGAAAUUGAAUUGGCUGAAUCAUUGCAAUUCAACUUGGACACAAUAAAAGUUGCAACAAAUAACUUCUCUGACUCUAAUAAACUCGGAGAAGGUGGGUUUGGAGCUGUUUACCAGGGCAGGCUCUCUAAUGGACAAGUGAUUGCUGUCAAAAGGUUGUCAAGCGAUUCUGGCCAAGGUGGCGUGGAAUUUAAGAAUGAAGUCCUUUUACUGGCCAAGCUUCAGCACCGAAAUUUAGUUAGGCUACUUGGUUUUAGUUUGGAAGGGAAAGAAAAGCUACUUGUUUAUGAAUUUGUUCCAAAUAAAAGCCUUGAUUACUUCAUAUUUGAUCCAACAAAGAAAGCACGACUGGAUUGGGAUAGACGAUACAAAAUCAUUCGAGGUAUUGCUCGAGGUCUUCUUUAUCUUCACGAGGAUUCACGAUUGCGCAUUAUACAUCGUGAUCUCAAAGCAAGCAAUGUUCUCUUAGAUGAAGAGAUGAUUCCUAAAAUAUCAGAUUUUGGUAUGGCAAGACUGAUUGUUGCAGGUCAAACACAAGAAAAUACAAGUCGAGUUGUUGGAACCUAUGGAUAUAUGGCACCAGAAUAUAUAAUGCAUGGACAAUUUUCAAUAAAAUCAGAUGUCUUCAGUUUUGGUGUACUAGUUCUUGAGAUUGUAAGUGGCCAAAAAAACCAUGGUAUUCGUCAUGGGGAGAAUGUGGAAGAUCUACUAAACUUUGCAUGGAGAAGCUGGCAAGAGGGGACAGUUACAAAUAUUAUAGAUCCAAUAUUAAACAAUAGUUCACAGAAUGAAAUGAUAAGAUGCACCCACAUUGGUUUACUCUGUGUUCAAGAAAAUCUAGCCAACAGACCAACCAUGGCUAACGUUGCACUCAUGCUAAAUAGUUGUUCUAUCACUCUCCCAGUGCCUACAAAACCUGCUUUUUUUAUGGAUAGUGCAACUACAAGCCUUCCAAACAUGUCAUGGGAAGUUAAUUCAGGGACAACACGAUCGAAUCAGUCCACAACCAAAUCAGCUCACGACUCAUUAAGUGAGGCUUCAAUUUCUGAGCUAUACCCUCGUUAGAUUCUGGUCAUAGUUAGGGGUGAUAUAUGCAUUUGUCGUCAAUGUUAUUAAUACAUGUUUUGGAACUUGUAAUUUAUUUGUGCAAAGUAUGGUUACUUAAAUAGACCAUAGAACUUAAUUGUUUCAGUCAACUAAGACAGAAACAUGAAAUAUAAAUGAAUGGUGUAUUGGUCUUAAAGUGUAUGGUUUGGUUAUUAUGCUAUCCGUGCUGCUUGGUGUUGCUUCCACAGCUACAACGAAAAGCACCUUCAAUGGAAAUAAAUAUUGCUUUUAAUGGCAAUUAAAAUGACCAUAAAAUGUUUUACUAGCAAUUAUAUAUUGGUUGGCGUGGACGUGGGUGGUGGAUCUUCGUCAUACUCUCAGAGAAGGGAAGGGAGUGUUGAUUUCAUCUCUGAGCUUGGUCCUAAUUCAGGGGUGCAGCUUCAGCUGGUUGCAAGUGUUCCGCAAGGUCUCAAAUCUAUGCUCCAAGCAGAUGCUCAUGGAACUAGUUUCCUAAGACUGUAAUUCUGUUUUUUCUUUUCUUGUUUUUCCUCCACUUACCAAAAAAAGUUGUUUGGUUGGCGUAUGCAGUGUUACAAUGGCUAGUAAAAAUAAUUUGGUUAAAUUAUUCUUUUAGUCUGCAUAAAUUUUAUCUUUUAGUUUCAUCUUGUUCUUUGUUGUUAAGAAUAACUUGAAAUUACACGAC